AUGAUGCAAACGGAGGUCAGGACGGCGGAGGAGACCGAGGGCGGAAAGCCGAUUUUGGGCACUAUCCUCACCACCGCACCCGAGAUCAUGGACGGCUCGGGCAGCUACAACGAAAAGACCGACGUCUAUUCGUUCGGGUUGGUCAUGUGGGAGGUGGCGACGCGGCAACGACUAUUUGCUUCCUACCUUGAGAAGGGUUCGGUGUCCCAGUUCGUGCACGCCAUUUGCAAGGAACACAAACGACCACGCAUUCCAGAAGAUAUUCUGCCGGACCUGCGUGUGCUCAUCGAGAAGUGCUGGCAUUCCAACCGAGCCGACGACGUCCUCAAGCUGCGAUGCCUGCGAACGCUGCUGGUGCAAAAGGGGUACACCAAGCUGCGCUCCUCGGUGGCCUACACCCAGGACAUCGUCACCAUAGAGCGAUUCGGAGAGAUCCUGGACUGGUUCGGACCCAUCGUCUAUCGGCGGCGCGGUUCGCCCUCCUGCUUCAUCCUCGACGAGAUGAAGAGCCUGCUGGAGAAGCAGUGGUUCUUCGGUGACGUCAGCGCCCAGGAGGCACAGAGCCUUCUCGGCAAGGAGCGUGGGUGUUUUUUGGUGCGAUUCACGUCGAACCCGAAGUACCCGGGCUGUUUCACCGUGUCGCGGAUCUCGGCCUCGGGGCAGCCUUCCCACAUACGGAUCAUCAAGAAGGACAACCGGGUCUCCGUCGCCGAUGACAAGGAUUUUGAAUCGCUCACUCAACUCGUGGAGCAACUUGGCCCCGUGCUUCGCCUCGAAAAGCCCUGUCCCAAGCCAUCCAAGUACUGGGUGAUAUUCAAGAGCGGCCAGGAGGAAGAGGACGACGCGAGCGACACCUCAUCCCUGGACUCCCUGAGCGACGACUCGGAGGAGGAAGAGGCUCGAGCCACUGAGCCCAUAGUGGAGCACGGGCGGACCAAGACCCCGCAUGUACAUCAACAACCUUGA